CACCACGUCCCCCAGCCAACCCAAACCGAACCUUCGCGCACCCCCAAGCCCACAACGACAUCAACAACAACAACAACUGCAAAACAGAAAACAAAUCCCAAAACCCAGGCGAAAAGCAGCCAACACCAACGGCGGCGGCGGCGGCCUCGGCGAGCACGGCCAACGCGCUCCGACUGCAAGAGGGUUAAAAGUGUAGAUUGGAUUUCACCCCGGGAAAUCUAGCACGCCGAGUGAACUUGAAUCUUUGGCUAUUUAAGGAGGACUGGGUUUGUUGUGAAGUUGCGGUGAUCCAGCGCAGAGCCCAGUCCUGAUUGAUCGCAUCGCGGGGCUCAGAUGACUGUAAAAUGAAUAGAUGAAAUUCUUGCUUCUUGAAGAUUUUCUUGGGCAUCUCCGGGAAAGUGCGUUUUAAGGCGAAGUCAUGAUGUAUUCUCCCAUCUGUCUCACUCAGGAUGAAUUUCACCCAUUCAUCGAGGCACUUCUUCCGCAUGUCCGUGCAAUUGCCUAUACUUGGUUCAACCUGCAGGCUCGAAAACGCAAGUACUUUAAAAAGCACGAGAAGCGAAUGUCAAAGGAUGAAGAAAGAGCAGUCAAAGAUGAGCUUCUUAGUGAAAAGCCUGAAAUCAAACAGAAGUGGGCAUCCAGGCUCCUGGCCAAACUGCGCAAAGAUAUCCGCCAGGAAUACCGAGAGGACUUUGUGCUCACCGUGACUGGCAAGAAGCAUCCGUGCUGUGUCUUAUCCAAUCCUGACCAGAAGGGUAAGAUUAGGAGAAUCGACUGCCUGCGACAGGCAGACAAAGUCUGGCGUCUGGAUCUAGUCAUGGUGAUCCUGUUCAAAGGCAUCCCUUUGGAAAGUACCGAUGGAGAGCGGCUCAUGAAAUCCCCACAUUGCACAAACCCAGCACUUUGUGUCCAGCCACAUCAUAUCACAGUAUCAGUUAAGGAGCUUGAUUUGUUUUUGGCAUACUACGUGCAGGAGCAAGAUUCUGGACAAUCAGGAAGUCCAAGCCACAAUGAUCCUGCCAAGAAUCCUCCAGGAUACCUCGAGGAUAGUUUUGUAAAGUCUGGAGUCUUCAACGUAUCAGAACUUGUGAGGGUAUCCAGAACACCCAUAACCCAGGGAACUGGAGUCAAUUUUCCUAUUGGAGAAAUCCCGAGCCAACCAUACUACCAUGACAUGAACUCCGGGGUUAAUCUUCAGAGGUCACUGUCUUCUCCCCCAAGCAGCAAAAGACCCAAAACUAUAUCCAUAGACGAAAAUAUGGAACCAAGUCCUACAGGAGACUUUUACCCCUCUCCAAAUUCACCAGCUGCUGGAAGUCGAACAUGGCAUGAAAGAGAUCAAGAUAUGUCUUCUCCAACUACUAUGAAGAAACCGGAAAAGCCAUUGUUCAGCUCCACGUCUCCACAGGAUUCUUCCCCAAGAUUGAGCACUUUCCCCCAGCAUCACCAUCCCGGAAUACCUGGAGUUGCACACAGUGUCAUCUCAACUCGAACUCCACCUCCACCCUCACCGCUGCCAUUUCCUACACAAGCUAUCCUGCCUCCAGCCCCAUCGAGCUACUUUUCUCAUCCAACAAUCAGAUAUCCUCCCCACCUGAAUCCUCAGGAUACUCUGAAGAACUACGUACCUUCUUAUGACCCAUCCAGUCCGCAAACCAGCCAGCCUAACAGCAGUGGUCAAGUAGUAGGGAAAGUGCCUGGCCAUUUCACUCCUGUCUUGGCACCCUCUCCCCAUCCCAGUGCAGUGCGACCUGUGACCCUGACCAUGACAGAUACUAAACCCAUCACUACAUCCACUGAAGGUGAGGCAGCUUCACCUACAGCAACCACCUACACAGCCUCAGGCACAUCUCAAGCCAAUCGAUAUGUGGGACUAAGCCCAAGAGACCCAUCCUUCCUACAUCAGCAACAGCUGAGGAUUUGUGACUGGACCGUGAAUCAAAACGGCAGGCAUUUAUACCCCAGUACCAGUGAGGAUACAUUGGGAAUUACUUGGCAAAGUCCUGGUACCUGGGCUAGCUUGGUUCCUUUCCAAGUGUCAAAUAGGACACCCAUCCUACCGGCAAAUGUCCAAAAUUAUGGUUUGAACUUAAUUGGAGAACCUUUCCUUCAAGCAGAAACGAGCAACUGAGGGAAAAGAAAUACAACAAUAGUUUAAAAAAUAAAAAAUAAAAAAAAUUUAAAAAAGGAAAAGAGGAAGACUGGACAAAACAAAGGGAGAAAGGAAAGAAACUGAAGAAAGAAGAUGAUAGACCAGCAAUUGCAGCACUUACAAUCACUAAUUCCCUUAAGGUUGAAAGUAUAAUGACAUUAAAAGGGUCGAUGAUAUUUCACUGAUGGUAGAUCGCAGCCCCUGCAACGUAGCCUUUGUUACCCGAAGUCCGCUGGGAAAUAGAUGUUCUGUCUCUAUGACAAUAUAUUUUAACUGACUUUCUAGAUGCCUUAAUAUUUGCAUGAUAAGCUAGUUUUCUUGGUUUAGUAUUCUUGUUGUUUACGCAUGGAAUCACUAUUCCUGGUUAUCUCACCAACAAAGGCUAGGAGGCGGUAUCAGAGGUGCUGGGUGACAGAGCCAUGAGCCAGCCAUUUUCUAAGCACUCUGAUUUCUAAAAGUUAAAAAAAUAUAUAUAUAAAAUCUCUGUAGCCUUUAGUUAUCAGUACAGAUUUAUUAAAUUUUGGCCCUUAACCCAGCUCUUUUCCAGUGUGUAACCCAGUUCAAAACCUUAAAAAAAAAAAAAAAUACAGAAAAGGAAAAAAAAAAGAAAAAAGGAAAAAAAAGAAAAAAAAAAAAACCAGUUUGAACACAAAGGCUCUAUGGAAGAAAUGCCUCUAUGUAGGUGAAGUGUUAUCUCUGCAUGCAACAGUAAAAAUUAAUAUAAUAUUUUCCCCACAAAAGAAACACUUAACAGAGGCAAGUGCAAUUUAUAAAUUUAUAUCUAAAGGGGAAUCAUGAUUAUAAGUCCUUCAGCCCUUGGACUCUAAAUUGAGGGGAUUAAAAAGAAUUUAAAAUAAUUUUGAACAAAUUUAUUUUCCCCUCAGUUUUUGAGGGCAUUUAAAAAGGCAUUAAAUCAAGACAAAUCAUGUGCUUGAGAAAAAAAAUUAAUGAAAACACAGCACUUAUGUUGGUUUAGCUGCAGCCUCCUCUGGAGGUAGAAUUUAUUUAUUUAAAAUUACUGGUUGCAUCAAGAACCCAUAGGGUGUACAAAGGUUCUAUAAAAUCUGCAUUAUAGAGACAAAAGAGGCAGGCAAAUCCAUGUCACAAGGGUAAAGCUUACAGUUUACAAACUGGGAACGCCAGGGUGUAGGAUAUUAAAAAAAGAGAAAAAAACGCACUCUUGAGAAAACAAAUGUAAUCAGGGUGCUGAAAACUUGCAUGGUGCUUUCAGACAUUAGCCUUGUUCAACAAAUUUCUUGUAUUGACAGAUUCGUAGUGUGCAUGGGCAGACACAUUUUGCCUCUAUGUCUCUUAAAAUUUUAAUUAAAAAUACUCUUUCCAGUAAUCCUAAUUUGCACGAAGAUAUAAUGUCCACAUUACGUGCCUUGCCUUGAAAUCUAAAAAACAAAAAACAAAAAACCACAAAAAAACAAAAAGUGACAUCACUACACUUGUUUUGCUGCAUUUAUUAUCAUUUUAAAUCUUUACCAUUUUUAUGACAAAAUAUUUUGUACUCCAGACGAAGAAAAAUGUGUGACAUCAUGGAUUUUUUAGACAGUUAUAACUUUAUCUCACAUUUAUAAAGCAUAUCAUGGCUGUGUAUAGUUGCCGCUUAAAAAUUGUAAUCGACCAGCAAUAUUUUCAGUAUUUUGGUGUUUUUUCUAUUAACCUUUCAUGUUUUUCAUCUUCCAAUUAAUAUUGGGGGGAGGGAUUUCAAAUUUAUACGAAUUAUGCAAUACCAAGUUUUGCCUAUGUAGGUAGUGCUUUUAGCUGUAUUGGUUAUUAUAGGUAAGUACACAGAUUUUUAAAAGAAUAAUGUAUGCUUUUUGUUUGUUUGUUUGUUUUAAUUGACCAAAGUGGGUACUGCUAUUUUUGCAGUGUGAUGAGGUCCUUUUGUGUACUGAGAGAUGGACAGGGGAUUUUUUUUAAUAUACAUAUAUAUAUUCUGGGGUGGGUGGGAGGAUUUUUAACACUUUACAGUGUAGCUGUGAAGCAGUGCACCCUGAGAUGGGCCCGAGCUGCAAAGCGACUGUUCUGCCUACUGUGACGAACUUCAACUUACACAGGUUCUCCCUCUCUAAUUUCCUACCUGGGGUGCAAGCUGAACUCGUUUCUGGUUUUCAAAACAACAAAAUAGUAAGAACAAGCAGACACCACAGAUUCUCCUGGAGGCAGACUUGGCUUAGAAGGAAAACUGUCCUAUUUUCGUUGUUGGUGGUAGUUUUUCUUGGAGGUGGCAGAUUCGGAGGGGGACUGAGUCUGUCUCCUGUCUGGUGAAGACACUUGCUGAAAUGCCCAUAGAGCUGAUGUUGGAUAUUUCACACUUUAGGGUUUAACACAGGAAUAUGCUUUCUCCUACAAACACUUUGACCAACUGGAAGGAAUGCUUCCGUAUUCUUUCCACUCCACUCCCUUGCCCCAUUUCUUCACUUAUUAAUGAUAAAAAUUAUAUGAUAGGUAUGAUUUACCUGUGACUUACUACUUCAGAUGGAUAGCAAUGCACUGCAAUUGCUUUCAGUAUCCACAAGAUUGAAUGAAAGGUUGCUAUUAUUGAAUGUAUUUGGACUAAUAGAUUAAAAAUCAAAGUUCAGUGUUUAAGGAACAAAGUAAAUACAUAAAUCUUGUUUGUUUGUUUGUUUUUAAUUUUACCUGCCCUUUAAAACUGAAAACUAGAGCAGAGAGAAUAUAGAAUUUUAAGAAGUUAAUUUUCCUGUGGAUGAAUUAAGCCUAUUUGAUCCUGAUGGAAUUUUUUUUCAAGGGAUGGUAUCUCAAAUAUAUAUUUGAUUUAGUGUCCCCUGAGGGUUAGAGGGUGAAUGGAGGCUGGUUUUAUCUUGUCCCUUCCUCUCCUCUCCCAGUCCCAUUUAGUGAAUUCAUUAUUAGAGAGAAUAUUUCAGAAUUAGUGAUACAUGGUAGGCUGUCUUAAGGAGUCCCUGGUCCCCUUCCCCAGACCAUUGCCUAAUAAAAUAAACUGUCAAUUGUACUCACAGCGAAUCAUUUUGUAAUGAAUACUUUAGAACAAUGCUUAUGGGCUGGAGAAUUGCAUUCAGUCUGAUAGCCCAAAUACUGAAUAGCAUGGCAGGAUCCUCGCAGUGCAAGUUUCGAAAGGAGCCCAGCCAUUUCUGUGAUACUUGCCCUGUUGAAAGCAGAUCAUCUCAGCCGAGCUCCUCAUGUAUCUUUGACCUACUAAAUGAACAACUCAACCUCACAGGACACACAGUAUUCUUCGCAGGCAGACUCGCUCUCCAUUUUUUUUUUGCCAGUGAAUGAGCAGAUCUAGCUUCAGUGACGCACUGUGGGUAUUCCUGCCUGCGUCUUGACUAUAAAGGCCUAGUGCAAGUGUUGCUUUAUUUUUAAAUCCAUUUUUUUCUUACUUCCUUUUGAAUUAAAACUAUUAAAAAAUACUACUAUAUAAUCUCAAGUCCACUUUUUGGCCUCCUCCUCUUUCACCAGGAAGUAAAUUCUGACGAAGGGCCCCACUUUUGCAGGUCUUGCACGCCCCUCCCUUACCCAGAACUGCAGAGCUUCAGGCUGGUCAAGGUCACCCAAGGGCGUCCGUAGGGGUUGGUGUCUCCGGCCACCAGGUCAUGGCACUGUCUAGCCUUUGUUGCUUCGCUUUGCAGCCCACCACUCACAGUGCCUCUGCAGUGUGUUUCUCCUGGAGUGACGUGAGCGUUGGAGGCUUGUCUAAGGAAAAAGAAAGGAAAGGCAGUGAAGGAGACUGUACAUAAAGACAUGGCAAAAAUCUUAAUUAUAGCAAUAGAGUCGGGUAAUUUUCGGGUGGGCAGCUCCAUUAAAAAGUAUGUGAAUGAAUCUGAAGCUGCGAGUAGGAAGAAGAGCGGAAGGUCUUCUUAACGAACCGCCUACCUUGUAGACAGUAAUUUGUACACUGUAUAGUUUUGUUAAGAAUUUUUUUUAAAUUAAAAUUCCCAUGUUUGUAAAGCUAACUUUUUAACAAUUAUAAUGGAACUAUAUGUUGUUUCCAUUUUUAAAGUAAACAAGAAUAUUCCUUGUUUAGAGACUGGACUUGAGUUAAAACUCUCCAGGCUCUUAAGUUAUGUAUUAAAAAAAAAAAAAUCUGUCCAUGUUAGGAGUUAUUUCACAGAUUCCUGUGCUUGAAAAGCAUAGGAUGCUAAUCCUUUAAAAAAGUGUAAAUGGAGAAAAGUUAUAUUUUAUGAAGGUUAUUUUGUUGUAUUUAGUAUUGGAAAGGUUGGUUUUCAGAGCAUUUCAGAAUGUUGGAAGCACCACUGUCUUUUUAUUAGUAUAUAAGGCCUUUAGCAAAAGUUUUUGUGAUUGUUACGUGAUGGUAUUUAAGGUUAAGUUUCACAGAGCAUUCAGGAUAGGCAGAAAACAAAAUUAGUGCUAUGUCUCACAUAACGUGUCCUCAGGGAGCAGAAUCUUGGAUUUGUGACUUGUAGCUUCAUAAGGACUCAACGAAAGAGAUUGCACAGGAACAUCUCAGAAGUGACAGCAGGACAUGUUCUCUCCUAGACCCAGUCUAUGUACUGUGUGAAACUAUGAAGGCUGCAGGAAGUUAUCCCAUAUUCAGUGUACAGUAUUCAUUCUUAAUGAAACAACUACGAUAUUGCUGGCAGAUAGGCCCCGAGCAUGACAUUCAAUAUAGUUUACAUGUUCCUGUCAAGGUCUUUUGUUAACAUUAACCAGCUGCAUGCUUCCUGGACUUUAAGAAAUUGGGUUUCUAUAGAAAACUUUUUUUUUUUUUUUUAAUGUGCAGGCUAUUCAAGUUCAAUAACAAAAGCUCAAAAUUGAAUGUUCUACUCCAUGCUGAAGGAGCUGAAAGCUACCUUCUACAUAUUUUGCACUUUCUGGUAGUUCCCCUGUUUUUUCUAAUUCCUUAAAAUUGUGUGGGUGGAGUGGAGCCCUGCCAUUGGGGGUAACAUGGACCACUGAUUUUGCCCUUUGACCCUGCACAAUGACCUUUGCAUCAGCCAAACUCAUUGCCAUGACAACUCUUUGUACUGUGUGCGUGCCACAGAUCUGUUGGUUACUUUGUUAAUAGUACAGGGGACAAGUUGGAGACGGUCAAUUUUUACAUUUUUUGUUGCAAUUUUUUCUUCAAUGGUUGUAAGUAGUUUUUUUUUUUUUUAAGUAAUAAAAGGGUUCACUAGUUAAUACUCUUUAGAAAUAUAUGUGUGUUGCAAUUCAAAUGUAUGUUGAGAUUGUGAAAAGUGCUUCAGUGCCACUAGCCUACCAGGACAUUAGAUUAAGCCUUUGAUAACUCUUAUUGCAUGAUAAAGUACCAGUAACAAAAGGUGGCCUAAGUACAUGAAAAGCAGUGUAAGCUAGUGACACUAAAGCCAGUCUUGUAUUACUGUAUUUUUGACAGAAUG